CCCACUCCUCCCUAGCACCUUCCGCCGACCCACGCUCACUACCGUCCUAUUACUCCUAGCAGGGCGAGACUUUCGCUUGCGACUCUUUAACUAGACGCCGCACGCCCCGACCGCCGACAUCGACAUCUCCCAUCCACAACUACAACCAACUACGCCAACCAUGUCGUUCCUCAAGGCAAACUCGGCCACGGCCAUGAAUGCCCCUUCACCCACACCCUCGUCCUCGUCCGCUAGCGGCAAGCGCAAGCGUCCUGCCGAUGGAGCGCCCCCGGUCGUCUACUCGCAGCCGCAGGACACAGGCACCGGCGAGCAUGUCUUCACGCGCCUCACCUACGUCAACGACUUCCUGCGCGAACGAAAGGACAAAUGGCACACCUUCGAUGACAUAAUGGAAUAUCUCAACAUCCCGCCCGGUCACAUCCAGCGCGAACAGCUCCGCCAGCUCAUGCGCGCCGACAACCAAGGCAACAGGAUCAGCUGGGACGCUGCGAACGAGCGCUACAAGUACAAGAGCAAGCUCAGCAUUCACGACCGUGCACAGCUAAAAGGCCAUUUCCAAACGCAAAAGUCGGCCAUGGGACUUCAGAUCAAAGACCUGAAAGAUGGCUGGUCCACCGUGGCUGAUGAUAUUACAAAGAUGGAAGACAAGAAGGAGGUGCUGGUGCGACGCGCCAAGGACGGCGUGCCAAAGACCGUCUGGGGCAAUGACCCCUCUCUCAUGCUGCCCAUGGACCCCGUCUUCGCAAAGGCGUGGCACUCGGUUCAGGUACCGGAUAACCCUGAUGAGUUGCGCAAGGCCCUGUUAGCCAACAAAUUGACCGCUGCUACCCAAGCCAAGGUCAUUGUUGCUGCCCCUACGACCAAGAAGAAGAAGGGUCCUCGUCGUGGUGGAAAGCAGACCAACACCCACAUGAUUGGUAUUCUCAAGGAUUUCUCUGGAAUGAGGAAGUAAAUUCUUUUGCUUUUGAUGCAUAGCGAAGGCGUUUGGGGUGGUUUUUUUUUCCUCUGCAACGUGGGAAG